GUAAUACUGCUGCCAUCACUAUUUUAGCACACACCGCGUAAAAGCGACGCCGAUUUCAAUUUUCAACGAAUUAUUAAAAGUGUGCGAAAAACCAUACAAUGGCCGAUGUGGACGAUUUUGAUUCUCUGUCCAAUGCUGAGUUGCGCGCCAAGAUGCUGGCACAGGGGCUGCCCAACAUCCCCGUGACGGAUAGCAGCCGGAAGGUUCUAGUAAAGCGUCUGCGCGCCUCCAUUGGUGGCCAGGCGUCGCCGGCCGCUAGUCCCAAGAAGACCAACAGGCGGGAGACCCUGGCUCCCGCACCUGGUGCACCAUCUGCUCCGGCGGCAGCCUCCACGCCGGUGGACAAGCUGGAUGGCAACAAGGUGGCGCCCGCCACAAAGGCUCGGCGCACAAUUACCGCUGCAGAGGCCAAGGAACCAGUGCGUCGAUUACCCGAGGAAGCUAUACGCCGACGCCCCGACGAAGCCGACCGCCUACGAUCCGAGGAGCCCGUUGCCGCCAGGAAGCCAACAACUGCUCCUGCUGCUCAACCCGUACAGACCCGGCGCACUUCCACCUCCUCGGGGUCUGAAAGGAAAGUAGUGGAGCCCUUGAGGAAGCCAGAAACCAUUGUUGAGCAACCGGCUUCCUCGAAGCGCGCUGAUCGAGAGGAGAAUUAUCUUAAGGUCAACUCCCUGAUUGUCCUAGAGUCCGAUGAAGAAGAGGACGAGCAGCUAGUCCAGGCUGCAGAUCUGGUGGAGCAGGAGCACGCGGCCAGACAGAAGACCACGAAGCUCGCAAGCAGCGGCACCACUACGUACGAGUACAAAAGCAAGGUUGUGGAGCCUCCACGCCGACAGGUCUAUGAAGCGACAGCAGCUCCCGUGCUGCCGCCAUCUGUGCCAUCUGCCAGAGCGCAGACCACCAGUUCCACCAGGUCCUAUGACUAUGCGAGCAACCCAGCACCCGGUCGCUAUAGCAGUUUUGUGCGUACUGCAGCCCAAGGCUAUGUGACUGCAGAGGCUCCGCCGGUGGCCUCCUACUCAUCCAGCUACAAGCGUACCUAUGCUAACGAGCUGAGCGACGACACUGAUUCCAAGGAAGACCAGUACGAAAGCACAUUUGCCAGGAAUCUAGCUCGUUUGCGAGCCGAACGGAUUGGAGAUCGCAUCAGCCCGUAUUCCAGACGCACUCUGGCCAGUGGAAACGCGGGUAGCGGUUCUCUCGGCUAUGAGCCGCGUGCCAGGCGCUCCUUGCGCCCGAAUGAUAACAGCGUAUCCGAGGCCUUUAACCGUUGGUUGAACAGCCUGGAGCAGAAGUAUCACAUCAAGUCGAAGCUGUUCAUUGUACUCCUCGUCCUUUUGUUAAUCGGCGUUUAUUACAUAUUCUACUGACCGGCGCAUCAUUGUUCUUAUUUCGAAUUUGUAAUCUAGUUUGUAUACCAUGUUGGAUAUGUUUUGUAAACAAGACUGCCGCCGCGGUCUUUGUAUGAAUCUUGUUUUGAUGUAACUUGAGCUUGAGUUUGACUAGCAUUUAAGCUGCGUGUUAUCCGUGUUCAAAUAAAGCCCACUUGCAGGGAAUCUCCACAGUUG